AAUUGAAGCUCCACAAAGAGGCUUGAAAUGUAUUAUUGCUGGUGCCGGUGGUGCUGCCCAUUUGCCAGGUAUGGUUGCAGCCAUGACUCCAUUGCCAGUUAUUGGUGUUCCAGUCAAGGGUUCUACGUUAGAUGGUGUCGAUUCUUUACACUCAAUUGUUCAAAUGCCAAGAGGUAUUCCCGUUGCCACCGUUGCGAUUAACAACAGUACCAAUGCUGCCUUGUUGGCUAUUAGAAUUUUGGGCGCUGUUGAUUCAAAAUGGUUAACCAAAAUGAGUCAAUACAUGUUGAACAUGGAGAAUGAAGUCUUGGGUAAAGCCGAAACUUUAGAAGACAUUGGGUAUGAAGACUAUUUAGUUGAGAAGUUAAAAAAGUGAUUAAAACUUGUACUCCUUUUAUAAAUGAAUAUAUUGAAUGCGAAAAAAAAAAAUUUCAUUGCUCACUAAUCCCCCUUUCUGCUUAAAAAAACUUUUCUUCUCUUUUUUACUUUCUUCCUAGCUGUAUAGUACUACAUUGAAUUAAUCAAAAAUGGCUAAUCUUAGAACUCAAAAGAGACUUGCUGCCAGUGUCAUUGGUGUUGGUAAGAGAAAGGUUUGGUUAGACCCAAAUGAAACCACCGAACUUGCUAAUGCUAACUCCAGAGCUGCCAUUAGAAAAUUAUACAAGAACGGUACUAUCGUUAAGAAGCCAGACACUGUCCACUCCAGAUCCAGAGCUAGAGCUUUAUUGGAAUCCAAGAGAGCUGGUAGACACAUGGGUUACGGUAAGAGAAAGGGUACCAAGGAUGCUCGUAUGCCAUCUCAAGUUUUGUGGAUGAGAAGAUUAAGAGUUUUGAGAAGAUUAUUAGCUAAGUACAGAGAUGCUGGUAAGAUUGACAAGCACUUAUACCACACCUUGUACAAGGAAGCUAAGGGUAACACCUUCAAGCACAAGAGAUCUUUGGUUGAACACAUCAUCCAAGCCAAGGCUGAAGCCUUACGUGAAAAGGCUCUUAAGGAAGAAGCUGAAGCUAGAAGAGUCAGAAACAGAGCUGCUAGAGAAAGAAGACAACAAAGAAUUGCUGAAAAGAGAGAAGCUUUCCUUGCUGAAGGUAACUAAGUUCUUUAUUGAAUUCAUUAAAAUUUUAAGGAGUAUCUAGGAGAUUCUUUUAUCGAAGUUGUGGAAUAUGUUUCUAUUGUAUAUUUUAUGUGGGGGCAUAUAGGAUUAAUUUCAUAUUAAUGACUAUAUAAAAGUCAAUAAAUAUUAACUUGCUUGAACAUUUAUUCUCAGCUUUGAUAAUGGUGUCUAUUUAGGGACUUCCCCUGUGUCAUUUUAUAAUUUUGUAAUGUAUUUAAUAAAACCUUUUUGAUGUAUGAAUUUUUUUUUCAUAAAGUAAUAAAAUCAAUCUAAGGUGAA